CCGUAAAAAUUGUGAGCACAGACGCAAGAUUCAGUUAUAUACAAUAUUCAAUUUGAUAAAGGGCCCUUUAUUUUUUUUCUCUACUUCUCUCCGCCGGACUCCAUUUGGUUUGGGUUGAUUGGAGGCAUGAAAAAGGCCAAAGAGGACGAAGCUCGUCCCAAGUCAAUAGACAUGAUAUCGGGGUUGCCAAAAGAGAUCUUGCAUAAAAUACUUUAUUCCGUGUCCCAAAAAGAUGCUGUCCGAACAUCUGUCUUGUCCAAAUCAUGGCGUAACAUUUGGUCUACUCGCACCAAUCUUGAUCUCGAUUUUUCACACCCCAACUUCACACGAAGCAAACAAGAAUUUCUAACCGUUGUCGACAAGACUUUACAGCUGUACCGUGACCAAAGGCUGUGCUUAGAGGAAUUUCACCUCUCCGUAUCGCUGCUAGGCGACUAUUACUCGGAUCGAGAGUCCGUUUCGCUUCUCGACAAAUGGAUCCCGUUACUCACAAGUAUGGGCGUGAAGGAGUUCCGUCUUUCUAUUCUCUCAAACGAGUUCGUGGAUCUGUCGUCAGUAGUCUUUAAAGCCGAAUCCCUCGUUUUUUUCUGUCUGAAAAAAUGCAAGCUGGGGGAAAAGAUCCCCGAGAAUAUACCUUUCGGCAGUCUACAAGUACUCCGUCUCGAGAAUAUCUUUUUCGAGAACGAGAUUGUUUUCGAAAAGAUAAUCUCGAGCUGCCCUUUGCUCACUACUAUGUGGUUCCACGAGUGUCGGGGGUUGAAGACGAUAAAGCUGGAGAAUAAGCUUCACAAAUAUCUCAAGCACUUCACAUUCAUCGGCUGCUACACUUACGUAAACAACAAACUCAUGGUUGAAAUCGACGCCCCGACUAUCGAAACAAUCAAGAUUUUCGGCAGCAAGAUUCGGUUCGGCGAACACCACUUCCGUAAUCUGAAGUCUCUGUCGAUAAACUGGUGGUUGAGUAGCUGUACCGAUUCGAUCGAAUUAUGCAUCGAUGCCCCAAACAUAAACCAUUUCGAGUACAACGGGAACUUCAUCCCGUCCAUCUCUUUCGCACCGACCUCGAACGAGUGGAGGUCGUCGCACGUACGAUUCUACAUUCAGGAUGUACAAGACGCUCGGUUGUGGUUCGUCGAACUAAGUAAACUGCUCCAAGCUUUAAGCCCGUCCGAAAUUUCUCUCGAUUUUGUUCAGUUCACGCAUUAUCGGAUCGCGCACGAUCGAGAAGACGUUCUAGUACACGACAUUUUCGACUGUAGCGGCAACGGACCUGUUGCGGUCGAGCAUUUGGAGUUGAGUUCCGUCGAUUUAUCCGCGUCGCUGUAUUUUUUAAAUGGUUUGUUUCGUAUUUGUUGUCCGAGGAAAAUAACUCAGCACUUGUUGAUGCGAGGUGGUUCGUGGAAUGAAAAGCAACUGAUUGAGUAUUUUCGCUAUAUCAGAGAGAGACGAGAUUACGGAGAAACCUUACGGGAUUUGGAGGAUUUGAGCAUCGAAUGUUUCGAUACGAGUCGACAACAAUGGCAGCCUGUACAGAUGGCGACUUUGUUAGUAUCUGAAUUGCGAAACAUUAGUCGUAUCCGCUAUCGAUUGAAAUGGAGUGAUUCGAGUUUUCGCAAGAUUCCCACGUUUUAUAUUUAGACGAAUAAUCAUUUUUAUAUUUAUAUCUAUUUAUUGAAUUUGGGACAAAAUUCUGUAACAUGGCUCUGCUCUUAACAGCAGUGUCUCUGUAGUGUUUUUUCAUAUAUAUAUAUAAGGGAAAAUUGCACGUCACCCCUUAUAAAUUUCUAAUUUUUGCACUUUACCCCCUCAAAUUUUUUAAAAGUGAAUAUCCCCCGUUAAAAUGUAUUCUUGUUGCACAUUGCCCUGAUAUCAAAAUUUUGA